AUGCAUCUAAAAGUUAAAUGGCAUGAAAGCGUGUUUAAAGAAUCCCAUUCCAUAUUUUCCGCGCCCACCCGCCUCGAGAACUGGUUGAAGGGGCUAGGAUUAGGCAGUGCUAUAGCCAAAAAAGGAAGUCACUUCGAAGGAGAUUCAAAUAAGCGUACGAAGGACCAAAUAGUCAUUAUCAUUUUCGUAGCACAGAAAUAUCGUCCGGACUACAUGUGGGCUCAGCAUUUCAAGACAUUUUAUCGCCUUCACGAUCUGUCCAGGAAUUGGUUCCAGGCGCGGCAGAUCUGUGAAGCCGAAGGCACUUCGCUGCUCGUGCCAGAUAGUUUGGAAGAAAUGGAAAAUCUCAAAUUGCUCAUCAGUAACAUGAAAGCUCACUACAUCGGUAUAUUUAUCGGAUUGCAUGACCAGUUCUCGAACGGGAAUUUUGUUAAUCUUAAAGGAGAGCCAAUCCAAGGAACAAUACUACAGUAUCUUUGGGCCGAAGGUCGUCCGGAUAGAGCGAAUGGAUCAGAGCAUUGCGUGAUUAUGACGCGGGAAGGAUUAUUCGAUGACAAGUCUUGUGAUGACAUACACCCUUUCGUUUGCAAAAUAUUGGGGGAAGCAACCAAAGUUAACGAAGGGUGCAAUAAUUUUGAUAUUGGUUACACCCCCCAUGACAAUGGGAAAUGCUACAAAUUCCACGUGGAACCGUUAUCUUGGCACGACGCUUACCUAGUUUGCAAAUCUGAGGAAGGAGAUUUGGCUGUAAUUAACUCAGCCGAAGAAGCUGCACUCAUCACCAAGUUCAUGGGAGACCACAUCCAUAUCGAUGCACCUGAUCCGAACAUACUGCUGAUAGGCUUCAGCGAUUUGUUAUUUCCUUAUCAAUACAGGACCAUUGAUGGUCAGACAUUAGAAGAGGCUGGAUACUCUUCAUGGAGUCCCUUCAAGGAGGAAGACGUCGAAUUCGAAUCAAAACACUGUGGCGCCAUCUCCAGGACAGGUUUCUUGGAAAUGACUGAAUGUGCCUUACCUGGAAUGUUUUUAUGUGAGAAAGCUAUAAAUUCGAGUGUGAUUCAAGUUUGA